CUGGUGCUGCUCUGAAUGUCUUUCUUCAUUUAUCCUGCAUUGAACUGAACAGAAAUAUAGUGCGACGCGAGCUGCGUUUGGGCCCGUAAGCGGCCGCGUCAACUCGCGCGCCCGCUGCGCCGCGCUGCCCACCCCGUCUGCGGCACGGGCCCGUCCCGCACCCUCCCAGCGUGCGGAAUACAGACACCCGGCCCCAGACACCGUCCCGUUCAGUGGUAUAAAACCCCCAACCCAGCGACGGCCGUUUCUUCAUUCUCCACUCCCUCACCUUCCCUUCGCCACUUUCAUACUUUCCUUCGCGCUUCAACUUCGCUCCCCGCCUAAUCUUCCACUAGUCAAGAUGAUGUUCGCCAAGACGCUCGCUCUGCUCGCGACGGCUGCCUUCGCGGCGGCGGAGACGCACACGGUCUCGUUCGACAACCGCUGCGGUUAUGGCGAGCCCGUCAUCUUCCAGAACUUCAAGCAGCUGAACUCGAACGGUGGCUCGUACACCUUCAACGGCCCCGCGACGGCCGUCAUUGCCUACCUCCAGAACGGCAACUGCGGCCAGUCGGGCGAGAACUGCUCCCUCAUGGAGCUCACGCUCAUCAACGGCGGCGUCAGCAGCGCGGACAUCUCGCUCAUCCCGCCCCACUCGUUCUCGCAGACCAUCGGCUUCGGCUACUACAACGGCUGCGACGGCGCCGGCAAGCAGUGCACGUCCGCGAACUGCCCGGAGGCGUUCCACGUCACCGACGAUUACGGUGCGCAGGUCCAGUGCACGGCCAACGAUGUCAACCUCGCCAUCACAUUCUGCUAAACGAUUAUGGGUAUACGCGCUUGAAGCCUUGGGGACUCUAUGAUACUGGCUUUAAGUUAUUUCCGGGUAUUUAAGGCAAUCCGUUUGUUGGUAUUGUUGGGCUC